CCCACACAAAGUUGCCAACAUGUAAACAUUGGGAACUGCCAGACAUCACUUGUAACCAGCCUUUUAAUUUUUCCACGUGGUAUUCAGCCUCACAAUUCUGCAUAUUUACUUGCGUAAUUAGUCAUGCAUAUUAUGUGUGGUAUGCAGUGACCAGUUACUGUGGAUCAUAAGUGAGGGUGUUGGCUUCAAGCAGAGUAAAGAGACCUCCCAGUGUGGCUGCGAUCACAACACUGACAGCAUGGGCAGGCAGGGGAAGGAGUGUUCUGUCAUCGCCACCCAGAUUCCAACCGAAUUCACCAGAAGGCAGAUUGAGGAGAAUUUCAGUGUCAUCGGUCCUGUGAAAAAAUGUCACCUGGUUCGAGAUAAAGAUGGUACCUUUAAAGGAGUGGCCUACAUUGUAUACAAUGAAAUAAAUGAUGCUACAGAAGCUGUAAACAAGUUAAACAAUUCAACAUUGAAUGAAAAAAUAAUCAAGGUGAAAUUGACUCGAAAUAGGGAUAAUGGAGAGAGCAACCGCCACCCUGCAGGCAAGGAAGAAGCCAAUCAUGAGGGUUCACUUGACCAAGAAAAAGGAGGCAAGAAAAAGAAACAGCUGGAGAAAAAACAAAAAAAUAGAAAAAACAGAAAUGGAAGAAUUAUCAUAAGAAAUCUUUCCUUCAAGGUUGAUGAGAAAGCAAUUGAAGAUCACUUUUCACAAUAUGGGAAAAUAAGUGAAGUGUCAAUAUUAAAGAAAAGUAAUGGGAAGAUGAUGGGAUGUGCCUUUGUUCAGUACAAUACAAAGAUUGAAGCACUAAAGGCCAUUAAGGAAUGCAACAUGAAACCUCUACUAGGGAGGCCAAUUGCUGUAGAUUUGGCUGUUCCAAAGGAAAAAUUUGCCCCUGUCAAAGUCAAAACUGAAGAACCAGAAAUGGAAGAAUUCACUCAGGUGAAGGAGGAAGCUUCUCUAGAGAGCACUCAUGAAUAUGGUGUUGAAAAUUAUGAAAAUGUUAAAAUCAAAGAAGAAAGAUUCAGCAGUGACAAUGAUGACAGUGGCCUAGAAAAAGAUGGUGAUGGUGAAAUAGAUGAUGAUGAAGAAAAAUUCACAGCAGCAAAUAAGACUUAUAGUGAUGGUCCUAGUAAAGAUGUUGCUGAGGAGAGGACACUUUUCAUCAAAAACCUCUCAUAUGAAGCCACAGAGGAAGACAUCAGACAAGUUUUGGAGACCUAUGGCGCAGUGAAAUAUGUCAUACUCUGCAUUGAUCGCCUGACUCAACAUCCUCGGGGAACUGCUUUUGCACAGUUUUUGGAACGUGAAGCUGCUGACAAAUGUUUAGAGGCUGAGAGGGAUCCCUCUACCAAGUCAUUAUUUAUUCUACAUGGCCGGCCAAUGCACAUCAUGAAGGCCAUCAGCAGAAAGGAAUUACAGGAAAGGAAAAGUGAUAAUAAGGAUGUAUUACCCAAAGAUAAACGUAACCUGUACCUGGCCAGGGAAGGAUUUGUCCGUGAAGGAACUCUUGCAGCAGCAGGUGUCUCAAAAGCAGACAUGGCUCUCCGGAUUAAGAGAGAACAAGUGAAACGCAGAAUGUUGAAGAACUUGCACAUUUUUGUAUCUCCAACACGAUUAUGCAUUAAUAAUUUGCCUAAAACUGUCACUGAUAAAGAACUUGGUAGAAUAUUUAAAAGUUAUGCACCAAAGGAAGCUACGCUAACUGAGACACGGGUAAUGAAAAAUCUUAAAAACCUUGAUGAGAAUGGUAAGCCUAUGAGUCGAGGUUAUGGCUUCGUCUCUUUCACCAAGCACGAGCAUGCAUUAGCUGCCCUGAGAACAGUGAAUAACAACCCAGAGGUGUUCAGCAAUGAGCAGAGACCUAUUGUGGAGUUUUCUCUCGAAAAUCGUUGUGUUUUGAAGGCACGUGAAAAAAGGAUGGAGAAAAGCAAAGAAAAGAACCCCUUAUGGAAGAAAAAUGCAGCUUCAACUUCUGUAGAAAGAGAUUCAGUGAAUCCCAUCAAGCUGUCAAAGAAGCAUGACGAUAAUGUGCUAGAGGAAACAUCUCAUUCCUCCUUCAUGGGAUCCAAGUCAAAUCCCCAAAAUCGGGAUCUCCCUACUAAUUUUGGACCUAAGGUCCGGCAUGCCAAAAAGAGUCAUGCUGCAGCAAAAAUAAGCAGGAAGCAACUCAAGAAAGAGCAGAGGGAUCGUGCACAAGGGAAAAAAAGAAAACGUCCUCAGAACAGUGAAGUUGAGAUAGACUCAAGUCCUAAGAAAACAAAGAAAGAAGCUGAAAGUCAACCCAAAAAGAAAAAGAACAAUAAAAAGAAGAUAACUAAGCGUAUGAAAACAGAACUGAAGAAAGACAAGUCAUUCAAUUUAUUGGUACAAAAUUACAAGAAAAAGAUGUUAUCUGUUGAUUCAGCUUCACAGAAAAAAUGGUAUGAGGAUUAAUUGUAUGCUCAUGAUGCCCAACAAUUAAGUCCUACCAUUGUUUAUGUAAGUAGGUUUUUGGCUUGAUUGAUUUCCAAGAUGUAUUUUAUGUACACUGUUAUAAUCAAUUAGUUAAUAAAAAAAUAAAGGUG